AUCCGUUAGAGCUACGCUAUCUCACACACUUCUAUCAAUUCGCCUAUUCAUCCCGCUGUGAACGCAAUGGCUCCUCACGCUAGCUCGGAUGCUGCCAAUGGCGCGCUGAACGGGUCGGUUCGCCAAGAAUCUUCCCUGUUUACUGUCCAGUCCCCCAAUGUCGUCUAUACCGAUGACGAGAUCAAGUCGAAGUACGCCUAUCAGACUACUGAGAUCACCCGCACCGCGGACAACAAGUUGGUUGCCACUCCCAAGGCUACCAACUACAACUUCAAGGUCAACCGCAAGGUUGGCAAGGUCGGUAUGAUGCUGGUCGGUUGGGGUGGAAACAACGGUUCCACCGUGACUGCUGGUAUCUUGGCCAACCGUCGUAACCUCUCCUGGGAGACCCGCGAUGGCAAGCAGACCUCCAACUACUACGGUUCUAUCGUCAUGGGCUCCACUGUCAAGUUGGGCUCGGAUGCUAAGACCGGCGAGGAGAUCAACAUCCCCUUCCACGACCUGCUCCCCAUGGCCCACCCUAACGAUCUGGCCAUUGGCGGUUGGGAUAUCAGCAGCAUGAACCUCGCCGAGUCCAUGGACCGUGCUCAGGUGCUGGAGCCCACUCUCAAGAACCAGGUCCGCAAGGAGAUGGCCGAGAUGAAGCCGCUGCCUAGUAUUUACUACCCCGACUUCAUCGCUGCCAACCAGGAGGACCGUGCCGACAAUGUCAUCGAGGGUGACAAGGCUUGCUGGGCUCACGUUGAGCAGAUCCAGAAGGAUAUUCGCGAUUUCAAGGCCCAGAACGGCUUGGAUAAGGUGAUUGUCAUGUGGACUGCCAACACCGAGCGGUACGCCGACAUCGUCCCCGGUGUCAACGACACUGCCGACAACCUGAUCAACUCGAUCAAGGCCGGUCACCUCGAGGUUGCUCCUUCCACCGUGUUCGCUGUGGCUUCGAUCCUUGAGGACACUCCGUUCAUCAACGGCUCGCCCCAGAACACCUUUGUCCCUGGUGCCCUUCAGUUGGCCGAGCAGCGUCGUGCUUUCAUUGGCGGUGACGACUUCAAGUCUGGCCAGACGAAGAUGAAGUCUGCCCUCGUUGACUUCCUGAUCAACGCUGGUAUCAAGCUCACCUCCAUUGCCAGUUACAACCACUUGGGCAACAAUGACGGCAAGAACCUGAGCUCCCAGAAGCAGUUCCGCUCCAAGGAGAUCUCCAAGUCCAACGUUGUGGACGACAUGGUCGCGGCCAACCACAUCCUCUACGAGAAGGAUGAGCACCCUGACCACACUGUCGUCAUCAAGUACAUGCCUGCUGUCGGUGACAACAAGCGUGCUCUGGAUGAGUACUAUGCCGAGAUCUUCAUGGGUGGCCACCAGACCAUCAGCUUGUUCAACAUCUGUGAGGACUCGCUUCUGGCCUCGCCCCUGAUUAUCGACCUGGUUCUGCUUGCCGAGAUGAUGACCCGUAUCAGCUGGAAGUCUGACAGCGAGGGUGACGACUACAAGGGCUUCCACAGCGUUCUGAGCAUUCUCAGCUACAUGCUCAAGGCUCCCCUCACCCCUCCCGGUACCCCCGUCGUCAAUGCCCUGGGUAAGCAGCGCUCCGCUCUUAUCAACAUCUUCCGUGCCUGUGUUGGUCUCCAGCCAGAGUCCGAGAUGACCCUUGAGCACAAGCUGUUCUAG